AUGAUACCCAUAUCAAGUCAAAUACGGUCACUUUUGAAGAAUACAAUACGGCUUCAACCAAAUUAUACACUACUGUAUCUUCAAAUAAGACCUAAUUCCACAAAAUCUAAUCAAAUCAACCUUGUAAAUAAUAAUAAAGAUAAAAAUGAAUCAACCAACCUUAAAACCAAACCAGAAAAACCUUUAAAACAUCAACCAAAAACCCUACUAGAAGGAAUGGAAGAACACAAAAAGAUGAUCAAUAAUUUUAAAUCAAAUUUACCACCAUGGAUUAAGAGAGAUUUAACUCAAAAAUCUAAAUAUGAAAGAUGGAAUCCACAAAAAAAAUUAACAAGACAAGAAAUGAUUAAAUUAAAAGAACUAAAAGAAACUUUUCCCCAAUAUAGAACUAUUGAUUUAGCUCAAUUUUUUCAUAUAUCACCUGAAGCUGUUAGAAGAAUACUAAAGAGUAAAUGGGUACCUAAUGAUGUUGAUGAAGAUAGAAUUAUGAAAAGAAAAGAAAAACAAAUGAUUCAGAGACAAGAAGCUAAAAGAGAUGAAAGUGCUAGAAAAAUAAAUAGGUUUGGAAACUCGAAUCGACUGUCAUUAUCAACUAAUCACAGAAAUAAAAAACCAGAUAGAGAUAAUGAAGAGUUCAAUUCAAAUUAUAAUAGAAUACAAAGUAAAUUUUAG